AUGAAAGGCUCCGUUGUCUGGCUAUUCCUGCUCUUGCAGGUCGCCACCGUCACUUCCCAGGAUGCACAGAAAGUAAUGGUAGCUCAAAAUGAUGAGCCAACUAUUGCGACGCCGAAUGAUGAUACCCCAAAAUCUCCACAAACGGCCGACGUAAUCCCGGUCCCUCCGGCACAAGAACAGCCACCCCCAAGACAUCCAGGAGCGGACCUCGUAGAUACUGCCCUGGAGGCGCUCAAGAAGGUCCCGCGCCGAACCCGUACGCGAACGCGCCGCCACCGCAGCAUCCUCGAUACCGUCCUUGACUAUGUCGUCAACGCGCUCCCCAGUCUCGAGGUCAGCGCGCCGCCCACAGAAGAGAGCAAGCCCGUCGUGAGCGGGCAGCUCCUCGAUGCUGUCAAGCUUCUCGAGCAGUCAGCACUUCUCAGCAACCCCGAUGCCCUCUACAUCCUCGCCGACAUGAACUUCUACGGCAACUAUUCCUACCCGAGAGAUCUGACGGCCGCCUUCAGUCACUACAAGACCCUGGCCGACACACAUGGCAACGCCACGGCCCAGCACAUGACGGCCGUCUUUUACUCCACCGGACUGGGCGGCGCUGUGGCCCCCGACUCGGCCAAGGCCAUGCUCUACUACACGUUUGCCGCGCUUCAGGGGAACACCAAGGCCGAGAUGGCCAUUGGAUACAGACACCACAGCGGCGUCGCCACGGCCAAGAGCUGCGACACUGCCGUGCAGUACUACAAGAAAGUGGCCGACAAGGCCAUCAAGUGGUACCGCUCGGGACCUCCCGGUGGUAUGGCUUGGAUCGUGGAGCAGUAUCGCAUUGCCGACGAGGAGGGUGGCGUCUAUGGCGAGGGAGCCAGCGCUUCCAGUGCUGGUCUCAACGCCAUCAAGGCCAGUGUCAACUCGGACGUCAACGCGGCUAUUGAUGAUGUCAUUGAGUAUCUCGAUCUCAUGUCGCAGAGGGGAGACUUCAAGGCCUCAUUCAACCUCGGUCGAAUAUACUAUGAUGGACAGCGGGGCCUGGCCCGCAACGUUGACAUGGCACGCAAGUACUUUUUCAUGGUUGCUAAGCGCUACUGGAAGAAGGAUGGCCGCAUCAUCGAUACACCAAAGCCCGGCAUCGAAAAGGUCGCUGGCCGGGCAGCCGGCUUCAUUGGCCGUAUGUACCUGAGAGGCGAUGGUGUUGACCAGAGCCUUGAGCAGGCAUUCAGAUGGUUCGGCCGUGGCAUCAAGCUUGGCGAUGCCCAAUCUCAGUAUGGACUCGGCCUCAUGAAGCUCCAUGGCUACGGCAAUGCGCCGAAGAACGUCAAGGCCGCGACAGAACUUUUCAAGGCCGCUGCGGAGCAGGACUACGCCCCAGCGCAGAUUGAGAUGGGCGUGCUCUACCUUGAUCAAGGCGGUGCCGAUGAUGUGCGGAUCGCCAGCAACUACUUCGAGCUGGCUGCUCGCUACGGCCUCAUCGAGGCUCACUACUACCUGGCUGAGAUGAGCAACCACGGUGUUGGUAGGGACAAGACCUGCUCUGUUGCUCUGGCGUACUACAAGAAUGUUGCCGAAAAGGCGGAACCUUUGGUGUCGUCGUGGGCUGAGGCGAACCAAGCCUACGAGGAAGGAGACUCUGAACUGGCAUUCCUCGAGUACGUCCUCGCUGCCGAACAGGGCUACGAGCGCGCGCAGAACAAUGUCGCAUACAUGCUUGACCCGACCCCUUCUAGACUUUCGCUGUCGAGCCUCAUCAAGCCCGCCCCUCUUCCCCCCUGCUGGACAACCCUAGGCUGGCGCUCACCUAAUGUGAAUGCAGAACCCAAGAAGGACUGGUCGCUGGGUGAAUGGAUCUCGAAUUUCAUGAAGGAUGACAACGCAUUCUGGAACCAGGAAGACUUUUACGACGACAUCUACGACGACACGGCAGCGCACGCCGAGGCUGGCGAUGACUUUAUCUUUGAGGACGACAUGACGGAGAGUCUCCUCAUCGUCUUUAUCGGUAUCUGCCUCGUGCUUCUGCUCUACUACCGCCAACAGAUGCAGCAACGCCACCGCCGAGACGAAGAGGCGAGGCGCCUCCAGCAGCAGCAGCAGGGAAUGGCACCGAAUGCGCAGGCUCAGCAGCCGCCGCCGCCGCCACCGGCGCAAGAGGACCCAGGCAUGUUCCCGCCUGAGGGCAACCCUGCGUUCAACGACUGGGUUGCAGGGGGUGUUGGGCAUUGA